AUGCCAUCGCGUCGCCUCUCCUUUGGCAGGAACGUUCCUUUCAUGUUGACCGAAAAUGCCGACUUUUCAUCUACACAUGAAUAUGGAGAAUUUGUCAAACGGAUUGAGAUUAUUGACUCGCAUGAUGUCGUUGAUAAGCAAAAUGGUCAGUUUGUCAUCAACUGGAUCACCCCCGAUGUCAUCCUUGCUUUGUCAGAGCAUUGUUGCAAGCGACUUCGCGAUCUGACACUGGUUUUUGCCACUGGACGCCAGAUUUCGACUGAAAACGAAGAAGGUCUCAUUCCCUGGAACGCUUUAGCAGAGUCCUGUCGUCGGUUAUUCAUCUUGACACUCACGAAUUAUAUCUGUCCUAUCUUGCCGGUCGGAAAUGGGCAUCCAUUGCACAUGUUUGCUACGGAUACAAAUCCACUGACAGAGUUGGUUCUCAAGCGCUGCAAAAACAUUCCGGAGGAGACAUUCCAACAGUUGGCACGGACUUGUGGAAAGGCUCUCACAAAAUUGGUCCUUCUGGAUUCGGAUGAGUGUCUAGGAGCAGCCGAGAUGAUUGAGUUUGCAAGGCAUUGUCCUAAUCUGCGCCAUUUGAACGUUUCGUGGAUUGAGACUACAGCACCCAAGAUCAAUGACGAGGUUAUCCUUGAGUUGACCUCGAACUGCCUACGCCUUCAAUACAUCUCACUGUUGGAUGCCAACCAGAUCUCGGAUGUAUCAUUCCAGACCUUAUCCAAACUUCGUUAUUUGCGCAACCUAAUCUUGCCCCGUGCUGGAUCAGCUCAAAGCGGGAUGACUUACCGUCAAGAGUCACUGAUUGCAUUAGCCAAAAGCUGUAAGCGACUAGAGCAGCUGCACUUGGUGGCUCCUGGAGCGACGACAAGUCGAUUCUUUGAGGCUCUGCUCUUCUGCCCAAAUCUUCAAGUACUCGUCAUUGCGGAGCUAUGCAAAGGGCUUUUGAUUGACCAACGUUUUAAGACUCUGGGUCUGGCAAAGUAUGUCGAUCCAGAGGCGACUGAUGGUUUCAAGUUGGUCUGGCACAAGAAGACGUAA